ACUUACCUGCUACUGACAAUCGUUGUACCGUCGAUGAUAUAUGUAUAUAUCUGCCAAGAACCCUACGAUGGGUCCAGACUGCCCCAGACAUUAUUGACCCACAGCUUGUACUGACACUUUUCUCUCCGUCUGCCCUAAACCGUUACCCUUUCAAAGCUUUUGUGACAUCCCAGAUGGGAUCAAAUUAAUGAGUGAUCGCAUGCAAACGUAUGGACAUUAUCGUAGACCUGCAGCCUGCACUUUCCUUAUAGAAAUACUAAUCCUUUCGCAGAGGUAACAACAGAUGUUUUCAGAUUGUCAUUAUGAAAGUGCCGGCGUGAAGGAGUUCAUUUCUUCUCCCAUCAGCAGUUAUGCCUGUUGACAAUGUCCAAGGGGUAACUGGUCGAAAACUCGUUGUCUUUUUGACCACUUGACGCGGUCGGAAAGAUGAGAAUAUUUUAUUUCAUUCCAGCAUAGGAUUUCCAGUGUGCUCUGUGGUUUAUGAUACGCGUUUAACAAUAUAUGUUUAAAGGUGGUGUUAUGAUCAUAUUUACAUCUCGAAUGAAACACAAAAGUUAUGUGACAGAAUGCGGGAUAAAUCGAAACCGAAAACAUACGUAAGAAAGAAUGAAUAGAGAGUCUCAGCUUAUUACCGGGCACCGAAGCUGCUGUGUGACUGCCUGAACAAAUGUGUAAGACUUUCUUGAUGCCCAAGCAGUACUUUUAUCGUAGAUGUGCCGAAUUAUAAGCCUACGUUAAUGGAAAUGUGUGGCUUUCAUUAACUGAAUGAUCAAAACAGAAAAAGGAACAUGAUGGAAAAACACGAGACAGGUGGACCAGACAUGAAGAUGUCGUCUCGUACGAUGUUUAUCAGUCAGGAGGCACCUGCAAAUGCCCUUGCGCUCAAUAAAGACAAUACUCAAGUUGUAAUUGCUGGGAGAAAUGUUUUCAAGAUAUUCACCAUAAAGGAAGAAGAAUUUGAAGAGACAUGCAAUUUAAGAGUUGGCAAGAAUCUUAACCUAAAUUUCUCUUGUAAUGAUGUUGCAUGGAAUGCAGCUGAAGACCAUAUUUUAGCAACUGCUGCAACAAAUGGGGCAGUAGUUGUAUGGAAUUUGAACCGUCCUUCAAGAUCAAAACAAGACCAUGUGUUUAUUGAUCACAAACGUACAGUAAACAAAGUUAGUUUCCAUCCGGCUGAGUCAACCUGGCUUAUAUCUGGGUCACAAGAUGGAACAAUGAAGUGUUUUGAUCUGAGAACACGAGAAACUGCCAGAACAUACCACAGCAAUACUGAAAGUGUAAGGGAUGUGCAAUUCAGCCCACACAUUCACCACAUGUUUGCUGCUGUGUCUGAGAAUGGCAAUGUGCAGCUCUGGGAUAUCAGACGUCCUGACCGUUGCUGCCAUCAGUUUACAGCACAUAGUGGUCCUGUCUUUGCUUGUGAUUGGCAUCCAGAAGUGACAUGGCUAGCUACUGCGAGCAGAGAUAAAACUAUAAAGGUCUGGAAUCUGAAUGCCAAACCAACACUUGAGUACACAGUUCCUACAAUAGCAUCUGUGGGUCAUAUAAAGUGGCGCCCACAGCGAAAAUUUCACAUUGCCAGUUGUGCACUUGUUGUUGAUUGUAGCAUAAAUGUUUGGGAUGUUCGUAGGCCUUACAUACCUUAUGCUGCAUUCAAUGAACAUAAAGAUGUUGCAACAGAUGUUGCAUGGUGCGGUAAUCCACACACAUUUGUCUCCACCAGCAGGGAUUGCACAUUGUACCACCAUAUAUUUCAAGAUGCUACACGACCUGCAAAUAGAGCUAAUCCUCAGUGUAUAGCUUUCAACAAAUGCGGAGAUGUUUCAUAUGCUUGCAAAGUGAAUGUUAAUCAAAACUAUGGUGGGAAGCAAGGUGGUGUAAGGAAAGUUGUGCCACAUAGUGAACAAUUUUACCAAGCUUCGAGCAAUAUGUUCAUGUUUAAUAACAGUUCCAUCCGUGAAACACACUGGUUUUGUGAGUCAGCUCGUCGAUACAUUCUUACAGGACGUACCCUAGUGGAAAUGUGCGAACAUAAUGCUGCUGUAGCAAAAAGUCUAGGUAGAACUAAUGUCAGUGUUGUGUGGAAUCUGGUAAAAACUCUAUAUGCAAGUUCCGAUCAACUGCAGGCACCAUUAACAGUUGGGUGUAAUGUUUCACGUGAUGAGUCAGUCUUGAGUGUCGACAUGGUAGAUGGAGAUCAGCGUACUGAAACACCAACAGUUGUAACAGUGCCACAAGCCAGUGGUGAUGAUGAAACUGAGACUGAUGAAACUCCUGACCUGCCAAGGAGGGCUGCUUUCUCGGCUCUCACACCAUCUCAAGGAGACUUUUUCUUUGGUGAGGGUGAGCUGGCAUUAUUAGAUUUUGAACAGUUGACUAGCAAUACCAUGGUUGGGCAGCAAGAUUGGACACUACCAAAUGAAGCAUUCCAGGUCCGGCAUGAAAUUCAAGAUCGCUCACCUCCACCGGAACAAUUUCCUAAUCACUCUCCAACAGAAAAUUUAGAUGGUGUCCUUGGACCUCUGCUACCAGAAGAAUCAUCUGGACACCCUGUUCUGAGUGUCCCCAAUGUGCCUCGGCCACAGCCAUUGGAUCCAUCAGCCAUUGUUGUGGAUGCACUUCGACAUCAUGCUGAGCUGGGUGAUGUCCAGACAGCAGUCUGCGUCCUAGCUGUCUUAGGUGACAGAAUUCGUCGUCAGUUGUCCAGCAUGUUGACAACAGUUGAGCAAGAAACUUGGCUUCUAGGUUACCUGGACUCUUUAUCACGGAGGCGACAGUGGAUAGCAUCAGCACAUUUGACUCAACUGUCUUGGAUCUCAGCAGUUUCACGUGCAAGUCAGCGUUCAACAACUGUCUAUUCUAGUUGCUCGACUUGUCGUAAACCUCUACAACGUGCGGGCUGGCUUUGUGACCGUUGUGGACGGCGACCUGCAGCAUGUGCAGUCUGCCAUAGAACAGUCCGUGGAUUGUAUGCAUGGUGCCAAGGCUGUGCACACGGUGGUCACAUCAUGCCUUGUUUGCAACAGUGGUGGGAAAAUGAUGAUCGUCGUGAAUGCCCUGCUGGUUGUGGGCAUAUUUGUCAGUAUAACUGAAUAUUAAAUGUUGUAAGUAAAUUAAGCACUAAAGAGUUUUUGUGUUAAUUUUUUUGUAUAGUGGUAAACAACAAAUGAACUUGUUGACAAGUCUGCAGCACAUUAAUGUUAUAAUUAAAUUUAACUUGAAUUACUGCAUCCAACAAGCUCUUUUACUAUUCAUGCUGUGUGUGCAUAGUGCCUUAGCCCCCUUUCCAAGAAAACACACACACACACACACACACACACACACACACACACACACAGAGAGAGAGAGAGAGAGAGAGAGAGAGAGGGGGGGGGGGGGUGAGUUAGUGAGUGUUUAAUCUGUGAUUUUGUUUGCAGAAGUUAUAACGAUAAAUUUUGUCGUUAUUAAGCUAUUACUUUAGAGGGUCCUGCAGGCAGAGAUCAUUAUCAGACAAACUGAAAUCAUGACAAUUUAUACAGGUAUUAGCCAGUAGAAGGCUAGUAUCCUUCCUAACUUUUAACCACAUAGAAGUUUUGUUGACUAAAAUAAUAUUAAGUUUGCUUUCCUUGUUGUGUGGCUGUUUUAAGUUGCAUUCAAGGUGCUGAACUGAAUUUGUAAAAUUAUUGUUGAAAAUUGUAAUGAUUAUUAUUUAUUGUAAGUAUCCUACUACAACACCUAUGAGCUGUGAUGUUGUAGUUGUAGGAUGAAAAUUAUCUGUUUAUAUAUUCUUUAGCCAUCAUUUUUGAUGCAUAGAAAUUAAGUGUUAGAGAUAAUAUACAGGAUGAUUAUGUGAUGAUGAUACAAGCUUUCACUGAUGUUGGAGACGGGUAAAAGUAUAAAUUUAAGUUAAGGGACCCUGAUCAGGGAACAACCGAGACAAAAGUUAUAAGUGAGAAUUGUUCUCAGAGCUGUGACAGUGCAAUACAUGUACCAGUACCUUUGCUAAUAUUGUGGGGCAGACAACUUUCAGAGGUGAUAGUAUGGACUGAAACAAGAAAACAAUGUCUAGCAAACAUGGGCUCUAAAAUGCACACCUUAAGAGCUAUGAGCACUUGUUCAUCUGUGAUACUUUGUAACACAUCUCUUCUACUACAAGCUCUUUGGUUCCUAUGUUUUUUGGAAGUAAAAAUCCAGUAAAUAUAGGCUCUAAAAUGCAUACUGUAAAAGGUAUAGCCUCAGUAAAAGAAUAACAAUGAUGGUAAUACCUGGAUUGAAAAAUAAUAAAAUAAGGGAAAGGCAACUACUUAAGUAUAGAGGACUGCUGUACAGCACAGAAAACAGCUGACACUAGCUUUUGAGCUCUUGCUCUUUUUCCAGUAAGAGUACAAACAUUCACACACACAGCCACCAAAACACACACGCUCAGCGUAACAGCAAGACUGCUACCCUGAGUAUGUACGAACAGUUAUACACUUACCCUCUCCAUCUUCCUUGAAAGUUUGUAACAUCGUCACUGAACUGCCUCCUAUGCUUGAUAACGUCUUCAUUGUUUCACAAUGUUUUUAUGCACUCAUUUGGGUAGAGCAGCAUUUAACAAAGUUUUAUGGAAGUUUUAUUUGUUCUCAUCUGAUUUUUAAUUCUUUACAUCAAAUAAAGACUCGGCUUCACCACUUCAUUUUAUCAAAAUCACUUUGCAAACUUGUUCAUAACAUAAUGAAUGCUGUCAAAACUUGUGUGAUAAUGAGAUAAUAAAUAUUACUGGCAUAUGUUGCCCCAUCCUUCUAGUUGUAUAAUAUGUAUGCAAUAAAAAUGAUGACAUCUAAGUA